CCGCGCUGAGGGGCCUUGAAGGGAAGGCGGGGUCCUCGGGCGCGCGCGCGGGACCGGAAGUGGCACUCGCAUAGCCCCGCCCACUCUUUCCGGUCGGUGGUUGUAGCGCUGGGCGCGAUGGCGGAGAACGACGUGGACAACGAACUCCUCGACUAUGAGGAUGACGAGGUGGACAACGCGGCGGGGGGCGAGGGGGCGGAGGCGCCGCCCAAGAAGGACGUGAAGGGCUCCUACGUCUCCAUCCACAGCUCCGGGUUCCGCGAUUUCCUUCUUAAACCCGAGCUGCUCCGCGCGAUCGUGGAUUGCGGCUUCGAGCACCCCUCGGAAGUGCAGCACGAGUGCAUCCCGCAGGCCAUCCUGGGUAUGGAUGUGCUGUGCCAGGCCAAAUCCGGCAUGGGCAAAACCGCCGUCUUCGUGCUGGCCACGCUGCAGCAGCUCGAGCCCGUCACGGGGCAGGUGUCGGUGCUGGUGAUGUGCCACACGCGGGAGUUGGCGUUCCAGAUCAGCAAAGAGUACGAGCGCUUCUCCAAGUACAUGCCCAGCGUCAAGGUGGCGGUGUUUUUCGGGGGGCUGUCGAUCAAGAAGGAUGAGGAGGUGCUGAAGAAGCACUGUCCCCACAUCGUGGUGGGGACCCCGGGCCGCAUCCUGGCCCUCGCCCGCAACAAGAGCCUCAACCUCAAGCACAUCAAGCACUUCAUCCUGGACGAGUGCGACAAGAUGCUCGAGCAGCUCGACAUGCGCCGGGACGUCCAGGAGAUUUUCCGCAUGACCCCACACGAAAAGCAGGUCAUGAUGUUCAGCGCCACGCUCAGCAAGGAAAUCCGCCCCGUCUGCCGCAAAUUCAUGCAAGACCCGAUGGAGAUCUUCGUGGACGACGAGACGAAGCUGACGCUGCACGGGCUGCAGCAAUAUUACGUGAAGCUGAAGGACAACGAGAAGAACCGCAAACUCUUCGAUCUUCUCGACGUCCUGGAGUUCAACCAGGUUGUGAUCUUCGUGAAGUCGGUGCAGCGCUGCAUCGCGCUGGCGCAGCUCCUGGUGGAGCAGAACUUCCCGGCCAUCGCCAUCCACCGCGGGAUGCCGCAGGAGGAGCGGCUGUCACGAUACCAGCAGUUCAAGGACUUCCAGCGCCGCAUCCUGGUGGCCACCAACCUGUUCGGGCGCGGGAUGGACAUCGAGCGCGUCAACAUCGCCUUCAACUAUGACAUGCCCGAGGACUCCGACACCUACCUGCACCGGGUGGCGCGGGCGGGCCGUUUCGGCACCAAGGGCUUGGCCAUCACCUUCGUGUCGGACGAGAACGACGCCAAAAUCCUCAACGACGUCCAGGAUCGUUUUGAGGUGAACAUCAGUGAACUGCCCGACGAGAUCGACAUCUCCUCCUACAUUGAACAGACCCGAUAAGGCCCCCCCCGCCCCUCCCCCCGGGGUUUUAUAGAAAAAAGGACUGAAAAGACAAAAAAAAAAACCCACCAAACCAACAACCCAAGAAGAAAAGACAAAAUGGGGGUAUUUGGGGCGAGGCCCGACCCCCCCCGGAC